UUCUCACCUCAUAUCAGAAUCUAGGAUAACUAGAUUCAAUUUACGUGUUCAAGCAAAUUUAACCAUAAUCUCUGAUAAGUGCAGCUCGACUUCUCAGUCCUUUCUGUAGUAAUAUUCAAAAUAAUUUCAAAUUGGUUUGUGACUCUUCGUUGACAAAGUCAUCGCAAGGUUUUCAGACUCAUUUCUUCACAAGGCUGUUUGCUAUUGGAACAUCCAGUUUUUAGGCCAAUGACCUUGUUGUUUUAGACGGUUGUAGAUCAUCGAAAUAUGAAAGUAGUCAGCUGGUUCUGCGGUUCAACUAUGCCUGGCCUUGAUACCAUGAUCCCCUAAUUUUGGUCAUACUGCAUGAUUUCUAUGUAAAUUAUUACUCCUCGUCCGUACUGAGACAUCGAUGUUGGAAGUUUCUUGUGGUGGUAAUGACCAUACUGUGAUAAGUUUUAGUAGAGAAUGUGAACAUGUCAAUAACUUCAAAAUAAAUUAUGGAGGUGGAUAUUUCGAAAAUCUCAAUAAUUGUAGUUUCAGUGGAUAUAAUGAAGCAUCGGAAAACUUAGCAGCUACAAAACGAACUUUCAACUUGAAAAUAAUACCACAAUCACAGUCGACACCUGAAUGCAAAGAAAAAGAACCCAGUAUCACUAAGUUGGAAAGCCCAACAACUAUAUCUCAAGUGCGUUCUCUUUGCCGCAGCUGUGUUCACAAUGGUAAUGGCUCUGAGGCGACUUCUAGCUUCCUACCAAGUACUACGAAAAGUUUUCCUGAUUGCUUUACAGAUACGUUUGAAAGUCUAGACGUACAACCUCCUCUGCUUGAUUACCUCGUCCGACAUCAUGCUAUCAGUGAGGAAUCAAGCCUUAAAAUUAUGCAGGCUGAUAAAUUGCAACGACCUUCUCUGUUACUGAGUGCUGUCGGUCUCCCUGUGUUUAACGGAAUUAUCAACUCGAAAUCAAGUCCUACAUGUUCUUACGCUCCACCACCAGGAUUGGCACUCCUGCUUAAUGCAUUGCGGCAUACGGGUCAUCAUGAACUUGCCAGCUACUUGGAUUGUAGUCGGAGAAUCAAUCCAUCAUCAGUCGACGGAGGAAUGAACUCAGGAUGCUCCGAUCUCUCUGAUAAAAGAAGACGCGGACAAAUCUCAUUGUGGAUUCAAUUAUUGGCAAUCAAAGUAUCUCCAGCUCUUUACAAUCAGCUAACACCAAAUGCUACGAGAAAAGAUAGUUUCGUUUUGCCAUCUCAUGUUGAAAAAAUGCAAGAAAACAAUAGACCCUUUAAUUUAAACGGUCAAGAUGAGCGAAAGCCAGGACAUCUUCAGAGGUUACCAUCUUUACCUAUAUGGAUAGACCAUACCACCACACCCAGACUAGCUACAAAUACUAACCAGUCAAAUAUGGAUUAUGUUAAGCCAGCAGAAAAUAAUAUCAAAAGUGCCCGUAAUCAGUGGAUCAAACUGCUCUUACCUCUGGUCUGCUGCUUACGCCAAUCAAAAUCAUCAAAUAAAAUGUCUCCAAAAAAUCCACCUGUUGAUGGUUGUACAAAAUUUAACCUGGCCAACAAUGAGACAUAUCGGGAUAUUAGCUUACUUCAGAAUUCAUCAAAAGAUGAUUCUAAAUGUCCAAUUAUUAACAGUGCAGAUGACUACAAAACUCGAAUGGUCAGUCGAGCUAUACUGGACAGUAAAUCCGUACAGUUUUAUAAUACAGUUCUUGAGAAUGGUUCAUCACUACGUGAUGCAAUCGUUAAAUACUUAGAGCAGUCAUCCGGUGUUCUUGUAUUAGACUGCAAGUUAGGCCGUUUUUCGCAGACCUUCAACAGUAAUAGUAUGGCUCCGGAAUCAGUAUCUGCACUGUGUGUGAUACUGAUCGCUACUCAGUCGGAAAUAAUCAAACGGCUAUCUGAGGACUGUAGCUUGCAUUCUUCAGAAACCAAACCUUCAUCAACAGAGGUCAAUAAUUACUUACGACUUCCUGUAGUAAAAACACUUCCAAGUAAACUUACGCUAACUUCCAAACUUGCAGAUGAUCUUGCUACUGUUCUCAUUCGUGCAGGUGCAUUAUGUCAAUUAGAGUUGCAAAACUUACGACUUUCAGUCACACUAGAUCCAAAAGAAGUCCAACUAGCUAUCAAAGAACUUAUGGAUUUGGAAGAGUAAUCACUACUAAACUCAAAAGACCAUAACUUAAAAAACUGCCAAACACUUUGUUAUGAGCUGUGAUAUACUUUGAUGUACACUGAUCCCUUUUAAUUACUAGUUGAUUACCCUCAUUACAUUUUUGUCGUGUCUUCCAGUUAACGCAUUUCACUGAUGUGAUUAUAAUCAUGCCAGUUUACACUAAUUUAUAUUCUUCCUAUUGUUUCUUCUGAUUUUUUCCUUACUCUGUUUCUGCUAAUAGUCGUUCCUAUGCUUUGAAUCUUUCUAAAAAUAAUCAUGUCCUUAAAAGACUUGUAAAUCCUCAAAUAGUUAAAAACAUAGGAAUGUGGGUAAGUAUUUUAGUAACUGGUCUAGACUGAAGGAAGUAUAAACUCCACAAUAUCUAGAAGUGAGUAUAACGUAUGAUGUAGCUGCACAAACAUCUUGAUGUUACGCACUUCAUACUCAGUAUUUUUAAUGCUAACAAACAAUUUGUAUUGAAUGUCAGCAGGACCAUUGUAGUUUUCCUUAUAAUUCUAAUGCUAAUCUACACUGUUAGUUUGAUAAAACAAUCAUGUAAAUAGCUCAGAUUAUUAUCACAAUAAAUUGAAGCAGAAUAUAGUACGAUUUAAUUUAAUCCACUAAUAUACAUAUGCCAAUAUUCUACUCAGUCAUCAGGAGUUGAACUAGCUUACGAGUUGUAAUAUUGCCCCAGCAAAUGAUAAUCGACUGAACUUUCUAUGCAGUGCUACAUUCAGAAAAGUCCCGUUCAAAGGAUUCGGGUCGACUCAUAGUGGUAGAUCAAUGUCGCACAUUAUGAGUUAUAAUUUUCUGACUGGAUAUCAACAAUGCCAUGCACUUUCCCAUGAUCCGAGUGACAUUCGGAAAAUCAGUAAUUAUUAUUUGACAGUGAAUUCAUUAUAAGAGAAAGAAGUAUUGCUCCAA